AUGCCUUUCAAGCUGAAGUUGAAGAAGACGAGACAGUACAAUGUGGCGUCGAAAAGUCUUUUUGUCAUCAGUGUCGAACUUUUGGACGGAGGAGUCGCGGAUUGUACGCUGUCCGUUGACAGCACAGGGCAGGAGUGCUUGGACAACGUGUGUCAGAGACAAGCGAUCAACCAGCCUGAGUUUUUCGGUCUUAGAUACGUAAAUAGAGGCCAGCAGCCGAGAUGGGUCCAAUUAGACAGGCCGUUGAAACUCCAGCUAGACAAAUUCGCUUCUUCCCACCAGCUUUACUUACGUGUAAUGUACUAUGUUAUAUCAGGAACGAGUCUCAUUACUGAUGAAGUUACACGCUACCAUUAUUUCUUACAAUUGAAGAAUGAUUUAGUUGAAGGGAGGAUAAUUUGUGAUUCUCAGCAAGCUGUAGUCCUGGCAUCCUAUAGCCGUCAAGCGGAGUAUGGCAACCAUGACAGGGAACGUCAUACAGUGGAGUACCUGAAGAAUUUGCUGAUGUUUCCAAAGCAAAUGUUGGAUGGCGGUCAGAUUAUUGACAGUUGUACUUUAGCAGAGACAGGGAGGCUGGAAUGGUUGACUGCUGCGGUUAUACAGCAUCAUAUGUCUUUGCACAACAUGCCUCAGGCUCAAGCAGAAGAAGGCUUCAUCACGACAUGCCAGCAGCUGCGAGGCUACGGCCAGGAGAUGUUCACAGCGCGAGACAAGCGCGACCAGAGCGAGGUCACCAUCGCCAUCUCGCUCACAGGCAUCCGCGUGCUCACUGACACAAGCGACACCCCCCACUUCUACCGAUGGAUGGACAUAACAAACGUCAUAAACCACAAAAGAACGUUUAGCAUCGAAUGCCAAAAGCAGGGUGAAUCGGCGACCUUCACUUUGCCAAGCCCUGAAGAUGGGAAGUACGUUUGGCGAAUGUGCGUUCACCAGCACACAUUCUACAUGCGGCACCAGGGAGCUCUGAAUGCUGCCGUGGACGAACAUAGACCGAAGUUUCAGCAAGAACACGGCCUAUCGGAGAGUCGCGAAGAACUGGACGCACCAAUGGGCAGCACGUCUCGCCUGGAGCCUUUGACGGCGGCUCACCGGGCGCACUCCACGUCAUGCCUGGAGCUGGCGGACAACCGACCGCACCCAAAGAACAGAGCGCUCCUGCCAUCGUACCGGCCGGCGCCCGACUACGAAACGGCCAUCCAACACAAAUACCAGCAACAGAGGGCCGAGGCGCAACUGCGGUACCAAAACCACCACGCGCACUCCCAACUCCUCAGCACCAGCGCGCAGCCCCUCGUCUAUGGCUCCCACCCCGACAUCCACAGGGUCCACUACCCCGACGUCACAAGACAUACUGUUACCCAGCAAGUCGCAGCCACGGAUGACUACGCGUACGGCCUCAAAUUCGUCGGGAACUACCCCAUGGCUGUCAACCCUAACGUGCAAACCGACCACGCAUUGCACUACGUCAACGUCUAUAAACCACCCCCUCCUUACCCUUCCAACGGCUUAGCUUCCAACUCCACCCCCGACCUUGCAGUGGCCAGCCAAGCUUUAAACUACCAUCGGGGUUACAUAAACUCGCACGUCUCCGGAUCUAGUCCCGAUUUAGUCUCCACAAGAACAGCUUUAAAUCGACAAUACCUAGGAUACGUAAACCCUGGCCAUAAUGUUGUUAACUACAGACAGAAUGUCCUCCCGGCCACCCACGGAACGUACAACAACUUGAAUUCCGUUCUCGAACCGAAUCCUCACAUUAUAAUCGACCCGCACCAUAUAUCCGAUAACAUACAGAAAGUUUACGACGAAAGAGGAAACAUUAUGUAUUCCAUGCCAAUGAGGACGAUAUCCUACCAGAGGCAUUUAGUGUUGCCGCAAAUAAAACACAGCGAAACUCAGGAACCUAUAUACGAAAACGUGCCAUUACCCUGGCAAAACGAAGCUAAAAUGACCAUGCGAGAGCGAGCUCAAAGUCUCACUACCACGGAUGAAAUCUCAAGGUUAAACGAAAGAAACAGCAGCCAUCCGACGAUUAACAACUACGGAAACUUAAAACCAAUUCUCAACGUGCCAAAUUACGUGCCCAAAAUUGACAACGACUGUCAUUACGUGAACGCACAGAUAAUCAAAGGCGUUCGAGAGUCAAGCGUGCCUAAAGAUUUAAACGUAACGGUGAAUCAACCGGAAGAUAACAUCGGCUUGAGUAUAGAUAGAAUAUCAUUGAAAAACGACGAUAAAGAUUACGACGAAACGCCGUACCAGAGUCUGUCGACACACAAAGUGUCAAACAACAACACGAUCAGCAAGUCUGUUGACAACGUGACGUCGAUCAGCAUUCCUGACGUCAGGAUUCAUUCGGACAACAAUACGUCCCAGAGCAGCGUGACAGACAGUGCUCUAUCGAGUUCGAUAAUGAACUCGACUUACAGCACUAGCAUAGAACUAGAGGGAAGCAAAACUAAUAUAACUAAAGAGAAGAAAAGGAGAAGAUGGGGCGUUUUCAUGGGGCGGGGCAACAAAAAUGUGGAAGUGAAAAGCGCGACCUUGGGGCGGGAUCGCGCGAAGGCCGGCCAGCCCACGAACAAGCAUCGCUGGUCGACCGGUCUGCCCAAGUUUCAGCCUCUACCACCGAGUAUUACCAAAGAAACCUUGUGCCAACUGCUGGAGCGCAAGAUGGCGGACGAGCAGCUGGCGUUCGCGUUCUCGCAGAUCCCCAAGGGGCGCGAGCGCGACGCGGAGCACCGCACGGCGCUGUUGCCGCAGCACGCGCCGCUCAACGCCUUCAGCGCGGACAGCCUGCCGUACGAGGACAACCGCGUGCGCCUGGCGCCCGCGCCCGCCAACCCGCACGGCUACAUCAACGCCUCGCACGUCACGAUGACCGUGGGCUCGUCUCAGCGGUUCUACGUGAUAACGCAGGCGAGCCCGGCGGAGCAGGCCGCGCUCAUGUGGGAGUGCAUCUGGCAGGUGGGCGCGCGCGUGGUGGCGCUCGUGGGAGGAGAACCCAAGCACUUGCCGCCGGCUGACCGCGCCACGGACUUCGGACCGUUCCAGGUGGUGUGCGGGCGCUGGUCACGCGCCGCGUGGGGCGGCUCGGUGCGCGUGCGCGUGCGGCGCGCCGAGCGCGCGCGCAGCCUGUGGCACGUGCACUACAGCGACUGGCCCAGCGGCGCGCACGCGCCCGCCGACGUGGCCGGCUUCCAGGAGUUCAUCUCGGAGGUGAACGGGCUCCAGCUGGCGUGCGAGGCGGAGGCCAGCGCGGAGAAGUCGCUGGCGCGCAACGCGCCCGUCGUGUUCGGCGGCGCUCGGCCCGGGCCCGCGCUCGCGGCGCACCUGCUGCUGCACGUGCUCGACACCAACCAGGAACUAGAUAUCCCUCGUACCAUCGGCCUGUUACACCAGCAGCGGGCAAACCUCAUAGAGAACGUGCACCAGUACCGGUUCCUGCACCAGGUUCUGCUUCAGUACUUGAAGCAGUCCCGGCUCAUCUGAGCUCCUAACUCACUCAAAUUGUGAUCACUAACUCACUCAAUUAUUAAUACUAUUGUUACGCUGUUAAGCCCGAAUCUUUUUUUAUACUCGAGGCUAAUUUUUAAUCGCCAGAUAAUUUCUAACUGAGGGAUAACAUUUUGUACCCAAACAUUAAAACGAAACCCUAUUACUAAAACUCCGCUGUCCGUCCGUCUGUCAUCAGACCACUAUAACAACACAUACUAAAAAACAUAAAAUAAAUAUUUAAGGGCGCCAUUCAAAAGACGUGUUUUUGUCGUUUUGUAUACCCGUACACUUGGCCGGUUUUUUAUGUACCGUAUUACUAUAAAUUUUAUUCCACAGAUUUAUACAUUUUUAAAAUGCAUUUAACUAUUUCGAGACUCGUAGGAUUUGAUCGCGGUCUGAGCGCUUUACCACCAAGCUACAAGUCCUCACACCGCCGAUGCCGAAAUUAAUACACACCCUUUAUAUAAGUCUUAUAGCUACUCUAGCGCCAUCUAGUACGAAACAUUGCAGUUACUUACCAAAGGUCUAUAUUAGAUACUUUUAUAUUCCCUUCCAAGUGUAGAUAAACAAACUACACAACAAGUGUAGAUAAAAAAAAUUAUAAAAUGUAUGCCUCGGAUAAGUUAUUUGUCGAUUAAAACAUCAGCCCCUUAAUAUACAAUGCAUUGUGCUCAACAAAUAUAUUUUAGUAUUUCGCUUUUAGUGCAACAAAGAAUAUGUUUUAAUACCAAACUAUAUAAACACAGUAUAGAGAGAUACAGUAGUCCGACACCUUUGAUCUCGUGGUAAAUCGAAAAGCAAAGCCGUCCGAUUCGAUUCGUAAGUUGCCAACUUGUCGUUUUCAUAUAAAACGCGUUAUUUUAUAAUGGUUACAGUUAUCAACUCAUAGCUUAUGUUGUAUGGGGAUAACUGUUAGAAAAGUUAGUUAAUCGGGCAUUAGUAGCAGAGAGUUUUUGAUACUUUUUAGUGAAAUGUUAGUAUUAAAUUGCAUAAAAA